AUGGCAUUCCCUUCUGGUACUGCUUACCACGCCGACUCAGACGCCGAUGAUGAGUACGAACGAAGCGUGAUGACGUCUCCUACUCAGCUACAUACCGAUUCGGAAGCCUCUCCCACUGAUUCGGAACCUCCUUCUACCGAAAAUACUCCAACGACAUAUGGCAAUGGUGGGGAUGAUCACAAUUUACCCCGUACCAUUAUCACCGAAUGGACAGCGGAAGAAUGCGCACAAUUCAUUUCCAGCCUGGGACUUCGGCAAUACUGCGAUGCUAUAAUCGACAACGAGAUUGUUGGAGAGGCACUCGUAGCCUUACGACAUGAAGAGCUCAAGGAGAUGGGUAUCGCAAGCGUGGGUCAUAGGCUCACCAUCCUGAAAAGCGUAUACGAUGUCAAGGUCAAUCAAGAUAUACCUAUUGAACCAGACCACUAUAUUCCGCUCUCAGCAGAGCAGAGCGUCCAGAACGAAACCGCCACCAAGGAAGACAUUCAGAGAUGGGCACGGUCCAUUAUCAAAUUGAGGGACGAGCGCAUGGAGCAGGCAGAAGAGCAGCUAAGGCACCUGGCCCAGGCAUAUAGCAAACUGCGUCAGGAACUCAUUCCAGUGUUUAAGAUGUCAAAGGAGCGGUUGGAACCGCUUCCCAACGUUCCCGGCUACCAUGUGUCAGCAAACAGUCCGGAGCUUUAUAGCCUUGAAGCGACUUCACCAUCUACCGUGCAGGCGCCUCCUGAGAAGACCGGCUUGUCUCGAACGUUGUCUCUAAACAAGAAAAAGUUGUUCCUCGGGUCCGGUCCUAAGAAUCACUCUCCAACGCAUAUACCCUCUACCAUCCACGAGGGGAAGGCCCUGUCGGAUGCGUCUCCGCUCGACCCUUCGGCGGCCUCGAUCGCGGCCUCCAAUAAUCUUACAGCAGCUAUGUCUCAUAGCGCCUUACCACCAGCAAAUUCGCCCUCUGCCAUUCCACAGCCAUCUCCAACAUCUCCGCUACCGUACCCGCCUGCAAUGCUUGCAAAUCGUUCCUACGCAGAUGGGACAACACCUUCUGGUGGGCGCAACAUACAGGACUAUCCCGACGUCGGCAGGUCUUCUCGCCCUGUCCCGACUAAUACACCACCCAAUGCCAGAGACCCGCCCAGUUCAGCAACUUCAAUGAACUCGAACGUUUCUUCCAGGAACCCUAACGUCAACACUUUCUCUACGGCUUCCACUGCGGCACCAUCAACGUACAGCUCCGUGAAUGGCGCAUCAUCUGCGACACCAGUACCGACAUCUGCUUCCGGUAGUGGUCCGUCCGCUGAUACACCUUCUGUUGAGAUCUUCAAGUCAUUCCGUGUUGGCUUAGAGGAUCCGUGUCACAAGGUGCUUCCUGCGGCACUUCGCAGGUACAACAUUCAAGCAGAUUGGCGGCAGUACGCUCUUUACAUCGUCUACGGGGACCAGGAGCGCUGCGUUGAACUGGAGGAAAAGCCACUGGCUUUGUUCAAAGCCCUGGACAGCGAAGGCAAGAAGCCGAUGUUCAUGCUUCGCAAACUUGCUCCCUCGGUUGAGACUCCAAGCUCGGCUGGUAUAAGAGCCCCGGGCCUGGGCGUUGGUGGCGCAACAAUGAGUUCUGGGGCUAGUGUUCGUACGCUGGGUAACCUGCCGGGUGGACAGUUGUAG